UCUAUUACGCGCAGCUAAAAUGAAUUAAAAGGGUUUUAGAAGGUAGCUUACUCCCAAAGCAGACAGCAGAUUGGUGAACAAUAACCGACUUUCAGUUCUAACAUCAGUUGGGGUUCAUGGAUUUUUUCAAUAAUCCUCAGUUUAGUGAUGGUGGAGAAGAAAAUUUGAUGGAACCAGAUGCCCUAUUUGAUGAAGACUUACAGCUUCAAGAGGGCCUGUUGUUGUCGUACGCAAUCUCUUCUCAACUGAGGAUCAGCGACGACAUCCUGCCAAGUUCAUCAGAUGAUACCCGGAUGAUACAAGAGACUGCUACAGAAUCCUUCUGUGGAAUUUGCCUUGAAAGUAGAGGAGAUCAUCAGAUGUUCAUAACGGGGAGCUGCUUUCACUCCUUUUGUUCCGACUGCAUUAGCCAGUAUGUCGUGAAAAGUAUCCAGGACAGCAAAGCAAGAAUUACAUGCCCGGAAGUGAACUGCAAAUGCAUCUUGGUGCUCGAUGAUUUUAGGGGUUUGCUUGCUAAAGAAGAAAUCGACCUUUGGGAAGAUGCUCUGAGCAAGGAGGUUAUCCGUCCCUUACAGAGACUUUACUGCCCUUUUUGCUCAGAAAUGUUUGUGGUUGAUGAUGAAGGAGAAGACAUCAGGGAAUCCGAGUGCCAAAUUUGCCACAAAUUGUUCUGUGCAAAGUGUGGGGUUCCAUGGCAUCCGGGGAUCGGAUGCGAGGAAUAUGGGAAGCUGGGCGAGGAUGAGAGAAGCAGACAAGAUCUCAUGAUGAGGGAACUUGCAAAGGAGCAAAAAUGGAGUAGGUGUCCCCACUGCCAGUUCUAUGUGGAAAGAACAGAUGGUUGCCCUCAUAUGAUUUGCAGGUGUAAGUUUGAAUUUUGUUAUCUAUGUGGAGCAGAAUGGACAGAGGAUCAUGGUGGUUGUCAAGAAAACUGAGACUAUGAUCCAAAUAAUCAAAGCGAUGGAAAAUGGAAUAAGCUGUAAUUUGCCAUGGAUUUCGAUGGGGUUCCUCCGAGUUAGUGGGCGAAGCAUCAACGCGUUGACCAUGGACGUCUGUCCUGUCUCAGACAAAAUUAGAGUUAGGACAGAGUAUUUAAAUUUUGGCAUAGCACUUUAUCAUUUUGUGAUAAAGGUUUUAAAACCUUAAAAAUUUCAUGUUUUAGUCUUCAAAUGUGUAUUUGGUUAAAAAUAAAAUAUUUUAAAUUUA